AGACUGAGGUGAGAAAAAACAUUUUCACCCAGGGAGUUGUGAAUUUGUGGAAUUCCCUGCCACAGAGGGCAGUGGAGAACCAGUCACUGGAUGGAUUUAAGAGAGAGUUAGAUAGAGCUCUAGGGGCUAGUGGAGUCAAGGGAUAUGGGGAGAAGGCAGGCUCGGGUUAUUGAUUGGGAAUGAUCAGCCAUGAUCACAAUGAAUGGCGGUGCUGGCUCGAAGGGCCGAAUGGCCUCCUCCUGCACCGAUUUUCUAUGUUUCUGACCCGCUUGAGUUACUCCAGAAUGUUGUGCCUAGUUUAAAUGCGUUUAUGUUUUAUUCUGCCGCAUGCAUAUCUAAAGAUAGGGUUUGCGGGGGCGUAUCAUUUAUUAACUCGACUCUGACUGAGAAAUGGAGCCAGUAGCUGUGAUGUUAAAUGCUUUACUUUUGAAAGGGGGAUAAAAAAUCUCCAGGUGAAGUGGUUGAGAAGCGAUGAAACUUCGGACCUCAUGGGCAAGUCUGAGUGGCAACAUGAUACAGCAGGGCGGAGGAUGAAAGGGUUGGUUGUGAGCAGUCGAGCGGGUUGGCUGGUUCGGUGACACCGCCCCACAGUUGUGUAUAAGUGGAGUUCUCCGCUCGCUGCUGAAACGGUGCAGAACAUAGUGUGGAGAACACAACGAACGCGGGGGCGCUACCGGUCCUAACAUUGGAGACCGAUUGUUUUUCAACGCGCAGGAGAUUUUGUUGAGAGACUGUUGCAAAAGCAGAGGUGUGUGUGUGUGUGAGAGAGAGCCACGGAUGCCGGCUAGUUGGCGAAGACUGUUGUAGAGGCUGCGAUGAGCCGCUAUCUGUGGCUCCCCUUGUCCUACGUGAGCAACUCGGUCCGCAAGAGGGGCGAGGAAGUGAACGGCAGCGACUUCUUCCUGGCGCUGUACGGCAUCUCCAACAGCACCUCGUUCUUCAGCUGGGGCAACCUGACCAUCGAGGACUGGGGCAUCUUCAGCAAUCACACCAAGUAUGAAGCCGAGUCUAAGAACCCGACGGUGAAGGCGCUGCUGAUCGUGGCUUACUCGGUCAUCAUCGUCAUCUCUCUCUUCGGUAACGUCCUGGUGUGUCAGGUUGUGAUCAAAAACAAACGGAUGCAUUCCGCCACCAGCCUCUUCAUCGCCAACCUGGCAGUGGCAGAUAUCAUGAUCACCCUUCUCAACACCCCCUUCACUCUGGUCCGGUUUGUAAGUAGUAACUGGGUGUUCGGCAAGUUGAUGUGCCAUGUUAGUCGCUUUGCGCAAUACUGCUCAGUACAUGUUUCCGUCCUUACCCUCACGGCCAUUGCGCUGGACCGCCACCAGAUUAUCAUGCAUCCCUUGAAACCUAGGAUGUCCAAGGCUAAAGGGGUCAUCUACAUCAUCAUUAUUUGGAUCUUGGCCACCGGUUUCUCGCUUCCACAUGCAAUCUACCAGAAGUUGCUCAAAGUUGAAUACAGAAAAGCAAGAGUACGAAGCUUGUGUCUCCACGGCUUCCCACAGCCUGCGGAUUUGUACGUGAAGUACAUGGAUUUGUCCACGUUCAUUCUCCUGUAUGUUCUGCCACUCUUGAUUAUAACUGUGGCCUACACAGCAGUGGCAAAGAGGUUGUGGUUGAGGAAUGCAAUUGGGGACAUCACUGCGGAGCAAUACUUUGCCCACAGGCGCAAGAAGAAGAUGAUGCUGAAGAUGUUAAUGAUGGUGGUCGUGGUGUUUGCUGUUUGUUGGUUUCCCCUGAACUGUUACGUGGUGCUUGUCUCCAGCAAGGCCAUCAACACCAACAAUGCCCUGUACUUCACCUUCCACUGGUUUGCUAUGAGCAGUACGUGUUACAACCCCUUCAUCUACUGCUGGCUUAACGCUAAUUUCCGCUCUGAAUUCAAGUCUUUGCUGAGUAUGUGCAAGCGGGGAAGUGGUAGCCACGUGCAGCCCCUUGCCUAUAGCCCCCCUCCCUACAGGCUGGCAUGGAAUGGAGCCAGAAGCCACAAGAGAAGCAGUCAAGCUCAGAAUCCACGUUUUAGCACCACACACUCCCUAAGGACUGAUAUCUCCAUUGUAGAACCGAUUGUGACCGUUGCAUAGACCAGGAAGGGAAGGCCCAUUAACUGCUAUCAUUCUAUAUUCAGAAAAUGUCCAGGUCUCCUACGUUUCCGAAGUUCAUUCUUGGGAAGUGAGCACUGUUGACAAAGGCUAGCAUUGACACAACGCCCCAACACUAGCAUUAAGGUAGAGGAGAUAGAUAAGGGUGGUCCUACCACGGUUUGAUAUAAGGCCGCUAAGCCAGCUCAGAGGCUGGAUGUGGUCAUGAAAUCGGGUUCUUUUUCUCAGAGGGCAUUUGUGUGUAUAUUUAAAAAAAAAAAGUAGUAUUGUUCCACUGCUCUGUGUCGAUUGGUUUUAGAAAAAGCUACCUUGCAAAAUUUCUGUUUUAGGUUUCAAAUUUGAGCUCAUUAAUAAUUCAAGACAAUGUUCCGCAGAGAGGCAGGAGGCAUAAACGCAAGAAUACCGCAUCGCCUACUGUCAUGGCGAUGGCUAAUACUGGCAGGUGUUUAACAAUGACCAGUUUCGAAGGAAAAUCUGGAGAAGGUUUUUUUUAAAUGUAUUCCUCAAUUAGUUCAGAAAAAUAGGCUAUUAGCUGAAUCAUGUCAGAAUUAUAUGUUGGAUGUUGAACAAUGUCAGAAUUAUAUGUUGGAUGUUGUAAACUUAUUUAUUGCUAUUCUGAAUAGCCAGUGUUAUUGGUAGUAAUUUAUACAAAGAGCAAAUAUAAAUGUAUAAAUGCAUUCUUCUAAGGCUUUGCUUCAUGUUCACAGAUGUGUUCAUUUUAUAUAGUUGAGAGUGUUAAAUUAAAAAUGGACAAGAUCUGACGAUUUAAUGAAGCAUGCAAAUUAAUAAAAUUAUUGAAUUGAUAA